AAGAGAUAUGAUCUUCGACAAUUCCCAUUCGAUCCUCGAGAAAGAUCGACUUAGCGAAAGAGGUAAAAAUUUGUCGGGUGGCCAAAAACAGCGGAUCAAUAUCGCCAGGACGAUUCUCAAAAAACCUCCCAUAAUUGUAUUGGACGAAGCUACUAGUUCGAUGGAUGCGGAUUCCGAACGCAAAAUCAAAGACGCUCUACGCAAAUUUUUACCCGGUCAUACCGUCAUAACCAUCGCCCAUAGACUCAACACCAUUACCCACGCCGAUCUCAUAGUCGUCAUGUCAAAAGGCCAAAUUAUUGAGCAAGGGACUCACCAAGAAUUGUGUCAGAAAAAGGGAACAUAUUGGGAGUUCGUCAAAAAUUCUAACGUCAUCAUUUGAAAAAUGACAAAA